AUGUCGCCAUCAUCGAAUGAGAUGAACGAUGAGGAGGCAGAUUUCGAGACUCCGAUUGAGUCGGGAUUCGAGUACGCACUGAAUGACGUCAUCUAUCAGGGAGCAGAGGGAAAAAUCACAAAAUGUCUCUAUUUGGGAAGGGAGGCUGUCGUCAAGGAGAGAUUCUCAAAGGGAUACCGUCACCCGACACUCGACACACGUCUGAAUAAAGCGAGAACGAAACAGGAAGUGAGGGGAAUGUGGAAGGCUAGAGAACUCGGAAUCAUCACUCCGACAGUGUAUUUCAUAGACUCUGAAAAGAAUCAACUGAUAAUGGAAUAUAUUCGAGGACCCACAGCGAAAUGGUGGAUUUCCCAACUGAAACCAGAGGAAUUCGAUCAAAAAAUGGAUGAAUUCGGACGGAUUCUGGGGGAAAUACUUGGAAAAUUGCAUAGAGGAGGGUUGAUUCAUGGAGAUCUGACGACGUCGAAUAUGAUUCUGAAAGAGGGAUGCAUGGAGAAGUUGGCGCUGAUUGAUUUCGGAUUGUCACAACAGGGAAAGGAUCCUGGAUCAAGCUACAGUAAGACACUAGGAUCCCUAAGAUCCAGGGAUCCAGAGAUCCAGGAUCAAGCUACUGUAACGCCCGAAGAGAAAGGUGUGGAUUUGUACGUAUUGGAGAGGGCGGUGGUGAGUACUCAUCACAAUUCACACGCACUAUUAGCAGGACUUAUGGAGGGAUACAAGACCGCUGAUGGGAAACAGUUCACCGCAGUCGAGAAGAAGCUCAACGAGAUCCGUCUUCGUGGCCGAAAACGCGAUAUGAUUGGAUAG